AGAGGAUUAUAUUGGCUUGGCAAUUUCCAUCCAACCUCUUCCAUCCUGUCUGCGGAACGAGGAGUGUACGUAUCAGAUGUUCUCUGUUUUCUAUCCUACGUUCGAGUUUGUCUUUUUGUCUUUGGCUUCAGGCUUUGGCAAUGACCCUGUAUUGGCAGCGGCUGAUGAUCAUGUUCAAGACUGCAGACAUAUCCUGUAUCUCGCAGACUAAUAACAACCUUUUUCCAACUACAACCAAGCUCACUGCCCCAACUCACGGCUACCAGAUAAUAACGUCACCAUGGCUGAGGAGGAAUUCGAGAUCGAUAUCUACGGCGAUGCGCCCCAAGAUCACCAAGACGGAAACGCCGAGAACUACGACGGAGCCAACGGUCAUGCGGACAACCACCAGGAACAGCAUGACCAGCAGGAGCACCACGACGAUCAGCAGAAGCACGACCAGCAGGAAGAAUAUCACGACCAGCAAGAGGCGCCUGCUCCCCAGCAGGGUGUCAAGAGAAAGGGCGACGACCGGCCGAUCGAUCCAGGCGCGACCACAGCUUUGAUGGUUUCGGACCUCAACUGGUGGAACACGGACGACGACAUCAGAGGAUACGCCAGAGCAGGCCAUUGCGAGGACGAGCUCAAGGAUAUCACUUUCAGUGAACACAAGGUGAACGGAAAGAGCAAGGGACAAGCCUACAUCGAGUUCACAUCGCAGCAAGCUGCCACGGCCGCCAAGCACGCUUUUGAGUCGACAGACAGCGCUCAAGGCGUACCGAAGAAAUACCAGGUCACUUACUCGAACCCCCACGUCAACCCGUUCCGCACGCUGCCUAAGGAUGCACCGAACCGCGCAGGUAAAGACCAGGGCAGCCGACCGAACAACAACAACAACUACAACAACCAGGGUUCCUCGAUGGGUGGCGGCGACUUCCGUGGAAACGGCUACCGUGGUCGUGGAGGCUUCAAUGGUCCUCGUGGUGGCAUGAACCAGGGCGGAUUCAACCGCAACUUCUCGGGCGGCAUGGGAGGUGGCUUCAACAAUAACAACAUGGGAGGCGGCGGCUUCAACAACGGCAUGGGUGGCGGAAAUUUCGGCGGCGGUGGUUUCCAGCGGGCGGCGGCUUCGGUGGUGGCAUGCGCGGCGGCCCCGGCAUGCGUGGACGAGGCGAGGCGGUAUGCACAACCCGAUGGGCGGUAUGAACAUGGGCCCGAUGGGAGGCAUGCCCAACAUGGGUAUGCCUAA